AUGCCGCACGAAAGACCUUACGAACAUGCCUCCAAAAAAAGAAAGCAAUGGAAUGCAGAAGCGAUGAAGAGGGCAGUAGAAGCAGUUAAGAACAAGGAAAUGGGAACUCUCAAGGAGUCUAAAGCAUUUGGCGUGCCCAAAAGCACACUGAUUGAUUAUGUAAUAAGUAAGAAACCAGUUGAUACAUUACUUGCUAUCAAAUUAGGCAGAAAACCUACUUUAACAAAUGAACUUGAAGAAGCACUAGUUGAGUAUGCUCUCGAAAUGGAAAGAAGGUAUUUUGGUCUCCGAGCGUCAGAUGUAAGAAGACUAGCCUUUCAGCUGGCGAUACGUAAUGGGCUUAAGCAUCCUUUUUCUUGCCGAAGUGCCGCUGCUGGAAAAAAAUGGUUGAAAUCGUUCAUGUCAUGA